GUGUGUGUCAGUGAACGCAGAUCCUCUUCAGACUCUCAUCACAUACACGGACUGGGUCUCCAACUGGGUUUCUGAACUGGUCAUCUGUGACUCUGUCAAGGCUCAGACUGCUUUGCUCGCUCGAUUUCUUGCGGUUGGAAAGUUUUGCUAUGAGAUGAGAAACUUCGCCACAGCCGUGCAGAUUUUGUCAGGUCUGGAGAAUGUGAUUGUGAGACAAUUACCGGCCUGGAAGUGUCCUCCCUCUGAAGGUGUGUGCGCUUCUGAGGAGCUCAAGGCUGUGCAGGUGUUUCUGAAGAGUGAUAAUCUGUGUCUGAUGGAGGGAUGGCAGGCGAGAGCUCCACCCACUUUACCUGCGCCUCAUAUCCUGGCCAUGCACCUGCAGCAGCUGGAGAUCGGCUCAUUCACCACCACCAGCGGAUCACUCAAAUGGAUCAAACUGAGGAACAUUGCACGUGUGGUGAGUCAAGUUCAUGCGUUCCAAGAGAAUCUGUACUCUUACACUCCAGACCUCGAGCUGCAGUCGUACCUGCGUGGACGCAUCGCUCGUCUCGGUGAAUGUGACAUCUCUCUCCUCGCCUCAGACAAUAAUGUCAACUUUAACCAGAUGGCCAGCGAUCGGCACGGCCGCAGGAUCCAGGACACGCUGCGCCGGGUGAAAGCAUCAUUUCAGUGAGUGUCUGGAGGUGUCGUCUGAACCCUGAUGUGAGAGGAACUCUGAGAAGUCAUUCAUCUUUCUCUCUUUAAACUCUCAUGAGGACAACGUGACCUCCAGCGGUCUCAGGGUUUGUGAUCAAUUACUUUUAUGAAGUUUCUCACAGGUAAACGGCCAAAUAAAACAGUCUGAGUAUAUUUAGAUGAUAUUUAUUGAUCAUUUAAGUUAGUUUGAGAGAAUUAAUUAUGUUAUUAGAUCUAAAGGUUAUAUGGGAAUGUGAAAUAUUGCGCUAAGCUUUUCAGAGUGAAGAAUAAACUGUCAUGCUUUAAAAAAUCAAUUGUUAAGUAGAUUUAAGCCGUCACCUCACUGUCACACAUUUGCAUAAAGUUAAAUUGUUGUUAAAAUCACUGAAUCCAUCAGAACAUUUUGGCAGUUUUCACACUUUUCUUGUUUAAAAGAUUAAGUAACGUUUGACAGAGAAUUUGGUUUAUGCUUGAUAUGAUUUUUACUAAAGUCUUCUGUAACUCGUGUAGUUUCAUUGAUUCAGUCAUAAUAAAUAUUUGUGACAUGAACUUGUUUCAUCAGGGCUUUAUUAGGACAGCUGACAAAACAUUUCACUCAUUUGCAGGAUUACAGUUUUUCUCGAUUGCUAACACACAAUUUACCAUUUUCUGACAACUAUAAACAAAUUCUCAGAACAACAAACCAAGUUGUACAAACCCCACACAAACACCCUCACUUCACAAAGGUUUGAUCAUAUUCUCAUUCAGAAAACACAAACAUACAAUAUAUUGAACUAAAGUGUCAAGAUGUAAACUCAAAUGACACACAUAUCAGAAUGUCCGGAUCAUAUCAAGCGGACCUCAUCCUAGAAUCAUCUACAGGGCUUUAUACUACAGUAUCAUCACAACAGACACUUUAUAUCAGAGACAUUUCACUAUUCUGUGUCCAGUAAACUGGAUAGCAUGUGUACACCCUCAAAUCUGUGAUUGUCAAAUUUAUUUGUAACAUAUUUUUUACUUGUUCUGUAUUUUGGCGGAACUCAGAGACGACUACUUACCAAAAAUAAUUUGUCAGAAGACCAAGAAAUUGUAAUAGUAUCCUGUAUCGUUGGGCCAAAGGUGCAGAGGACGCCAUGUUUAUUUAUAUAUUUAUGCAAAUGUAUUCUGUAUUGUGUUGCAUACCCAGUUUAUAUAUAUAUAUAUAUAUUUUUUUUUACUUUUCAUGUCUUGUUUAUUUCAUCUACUUUCAUCUAAGAUUCCCUACCGUAACAGAGUGCAAUUGUUAAUUUUUUUCUAAAGCUCAUUGUUGCAUUUUGCUCUUUCUGCACCUUUUUAUGAUCGUAAUAGACACUAAGCUGUCAAACUACUAUUUUCUUGAAUCCCAAUAAGAGUUUUUAUCAACAGUGUCUUGAAAUGAUGUCACCAGUGUCUGAGACUGCUGUAGUGUGUGUGUUUCUGAGGGCUUGUGUGUCAUGUUUGGGGGGAAGUUUUUUUCUCAGCAUGUUUAAAUGGUUUUGAGAAGAGAGCUUCAUCUUGACCCAAAAAUAGGAUGUUAAGGGAAUUGGGUGAGAUAUUAUGGAUUUGUGUUUAGAGUUUCGAGAAAAGGAGCCAUAAUUUCAAGAAAUGUGUUUAGAAAUCGAGAAAAACAAGAAUGAAUUGCAUGUAGUCCAUUGAAUAGAUGUACGUGUUGUGUAAAGCUGGUGCACAAUGAGAUUUUUUUCAUGAAUGGAGCAGAAUAAAGUCUGUAUUUGACACAGUUUACAUAUCAAACUUUGUUGACUAU